AUGAAAUCUUCCACUACAUUUACUACAUUGAUUCUUCUUACCAUCACUUCGUUCUCACGAGCAUCGUCAUCAUCUACAGAAAAUUUUCUUGAAUGUUUGUCCAAACAAUUCAUCAAAUACUCUUCCAUUUCCAACGAUGUCCACACCCCAAUCAACUCUUCUUACUCAUCUAUCUUGAAAUUCUCUAUCCAGAAUCUGAGAUUCGCAACAAAUUCUACUCCGAAACCGCAAGUGAUCAUCACACCAGAGCACGAAUCCCAAAUCCCGCCCGUCAUAUACUGUGCUAAAAAGAAUGAUUUACAAAUCAGAACUCGAAGCGGCGGCCAUGACUUCGAGGGACUAUCUUAUGUCUCACAAGUCCCGUUCGUGAUCAUUGAUUUGUUCAAACUCAGUGAUACCCGAGUUGAUGUCGCGAUAAAAACUGCGUGGGUUGGAGCCGGUGCAACCAUCGGUUCUUUAUAUUACAGGAUCGCUGAAAAAAGCCCGGUUCUAGGGUUUCCCAGUGGGAACUGCGCAACCGUUGGCCUUGGCGGGCAAAUCAGCGGAGGUGGCAUCGGCCUAAUGCCGAGAAAAUACGGGCUCGCUGUAGAUACCGUCGUCGAUGCAAGAAUAGUCGAUGUGAACAGUAGAAUCCUCGACAGAAAAUCAAUGGGCGAAGACCUGUUCUGGGCCAUUAGAAGCGGCGGGUUUUGGCGUAAUCACUGCAUGGAAGGUGCAACUGGUGGAUGUUCCGAAAACAGUCACUGUUUUCAAUAUUGA